AUGGCGUACGAUGUUUCCCAAGCGACUUUGGAAACUGUGUUUCGUAUUUCGAUUGGCAAACUACGCGUGCUGCAUAAUAGUGCCCAACCUAGCGUGAACACUCAGGUACUUCGAACUAGUCAACUCAAAGAUAUUUCCGCAUCUCAGCGAACCGUCGGUUCACCACGUACAACCCCACCGACUGCGUCGACCGCAAAUCGUCUACUUCGCAGUUUGCUCAUUACACGCCUUGCUCGUAAGGUGCGUUCCCAGCUCAUGGUUCAACAAACAGAGACUCGAGGCACCCCGGAAUGUACCACCGCUACUGAUACUACUGUCACUUCUACAACGUGUGUUGAUAACCAGUCGGAUCCUACCUCACCCGAAUCAUCGACAUCUGAGUGCAAUAUGAAUUCCGAUAGUCCAUGCUUCCCUGAUACACCGUUCACCACAGACAGCCAUUCGGAUAUGACAUCCAAUCGAAAACGACUAUCUCCUCCCGAGGACUGUACUGAUCACAUAGCCGCAAAACUACCAUGUUCUCGCACAGAUUUUGUCCACCCUGUGGAAUCUCAAGUCCACAACUCAGAUGUGGCUAAAGAGAACCGGCACGAUCCGGCACCGCAUUCUCCUUCCGCUCCAGAGCGAAGAUCCCGCAAAACCGAUCAUCCUCUCCGCGACUUAUCCCCAGUUGAUCGUAUCCCUGAUCCAACAACUGUUCCACGAUUGGUCAUGAACUCGCGUGUGUCGCAAGUCGUCGUGACCGUAACUAGUCCGGAACAGUCAGAUGUGUGUCAUAUACAACCGUCCAACACGGUCGCUCAUCUCGCCACACUACCCUAUCGACUUUUGCCGGGAGUCAGCUGA